AUGCCCGGACGUGGACGAGUGCGGGUGCGCGCUGGGGCUACGUUCGGUGCCGCCGUGGCGCAGUGCCACAACAGCCCCGGCAGCUUCAGUGCCGGCUGCCAGCGCGGCUCCAGGGCGACGGCGUCACCGCCUGCAGAGCCCAAUUCCCGGCAGGAAAUCUCCUUUUUCUUCCUGGAGCCGUUCCGGGGCCCGCCGGGGGGGUGUGCGCGGCGCCCCUCGUGCCUCUCGUGCCUGGCGGAUCUGGGCUGCGCCUGGUGCCCGCCCAGCUCCUCGUGCCACCCGCGGCAGCCCCAGCACGGCCCCGGUUGGCCCCCAAACCCCUGCGGGGCCGCGGGGGGCGGCCCCCGGCUGCUGCUGCACCCCCAGAGCUGCGUGCUGUGCGAGGAGCACCGCGACUGCCGCAGCUGCGCCGCGGACCCUUUCUGUGAGUGGCAGACCCUGGGACCCCCCGACUCCAAACGGGGCGACUUCGUCUGCAGCCGCCGGGGGAGGGACCCGGCCGCCGUCAGGGACCCCCAGCAGUGCCCCCCCCCCUGCAGCAGCCGCAGCACGUGCUCCUCGUGCCUGGCGCCCCCCUCGCCGUGCGCCUGGUGCCCCUCGGCGCGGCGCUGCUUCCUGUUCGCCGCCUACCUGGCCAGGUACCCGUACGGGGGGUGCCGAGGCUGGAGCGACAGCGUUCACUCGGCCCCGCAGUGCCGGGGCUGCUCCCAGCUCGGCUCCUGCCAGGAGUGUCUGAGCCAGCACGGCUGCGGCUGGUGCGGGCGGCGGCCGAACCCCGCGCUCGGCAGCUGCUUCGAGGGCGACUUCUCGGGGCUGCACCACUUCCCCAACUGCUCCGCGGCUCUGGCCCAGCUGAGUGACCACCAGAGUGACCACCUGAGUGACCACAGUGACCAGAGUGACCACGGUGCCCAGCAGGAUGCCCAGCAGAGUGCCCAGAAUGCCCACCAGGGUGACCAUUUGAAUGACCACCAGAAUGACCACCAGAAUGACCAGCAGGAUGCCCAGCAGGAUGCCCACCAGGGUGACCAUUUGAAUGACCAGCAGAGUGACCAUUUGAAUGCCCAGCAGAGUGACCAUUUGAAUGACCAGCAGAGUGACCAUUUGAAUGCCCAGCAGAGUGACCAUUUGAAUGACCAGCAGGAUGACCAUUUGAAUGCCCAGCAGAGUGCCCAGCAGAGUGCCCAGAAUGACCACCAGGGCGACCGUUUGAGUGACCAGCAGGAUGACCAUUUGCAUGCCCAGCAGAGUGACCACCAGGAUGCCCAGCAGGAUGACCAGCAGGAUGCCCAGCAGAGUGCCCAGCAGAGUGACCAUUUGAAUGACCACCAGGGUGACCAUUUGAAUGCCCAGCAGAGUGCCCAGCAGAGUGCCCAGCAGAGUGACCACCAGGGUGGCCGUUUGAGUGCCCAGCAGAGUGACCAUUUGAAUGCCCAGCAGAGUGCCCAGCAGAGUGACCACCAGGGUGGCCAUUUGAAUGCCCAGCAGAGUGCCCAGCAGAGUGCCCAGCAGAGUGCCCAGGAUGACCACCAGGCUGACCGUUUGAGUGACCAGCAGAGUGCCCAUGUGAAUGGUCAGGGUGCCCGCGGCAGCGCCCCCCAGUGGUCGUACGGCGCGUGCCCGGACGUGGACGAGUGCGCGCUGGGGCUGGCGCGGUGCCACCCGCGGGCGCGGUGCCACAACAGCCCCGGCAGCUUCCAGUGCCGCUGCCAGCGCGGCUUCCAGGGCGACGGCGUCACCGCCUGCGAGCCCACGUGUUUGUCCGACUGCGGCCACGGCUCCUGCUCGGGGCCCCCCGACUUCACCUGCGUUUGUCACCUGGGCUGGACGAGCCCCCGAGCGCCCAACGGCUCCGAGCCCCCGCAGUGCUCCCUGGACUGCGGCUGCAACUUCCAGAGCUCCUGCGAGCGCCAGGGCCCCGGCGUGUGCGACCAGUGCCAGAACUGGACGGAGGGCCCGCGGUGCCAGCGCUGCCGCCCCGGCAGUUUCGGCCCCGGCGGGCUCGGCGGGUGCCGCCCCUGCGGCUGCCACGGCCACGGGGACCCCGAGCGCGGCUUCUGUCACCGCAGCUCGGGGCUCUGCCACUGCCUGCCGCCCACCACGGGGCCCCACUGCGACCGCUGCGCGCCCGGCUACUACGGCGACCCCAGGCACGGGGGCGCGUGCGUGCGGCAGUGCCGGGGCCGCCGCGUGCUGCCCUCGCUCGGGGCCCCGCUGCAUUUGGGCUCCCGGGCGGGGCAGGCGGGGCCGCCCCUCCCCCACUGCCUCUGGCUGCUCUCGGUCACGGGGGGGCCCCGGCCCUGCCCCAAAAGCGCCCGGAAUUGCCCCAAAAUCGGCCUCACCCUGCGGCCCGACGGCGAGCAGCUCUGCCAGGGCAGCUUCGUGUACGCCUUCGACGGGCUCCCGGCGCUGCUGGACGGGGGUGCAGGGGGAGCCCACCCUGCUGGGGGCGCUCUGCGGGGGGGGCAGCGGCCACAGCCUCAGCCUGGAGGCCAGCUCAGGGGUUCUGGUUCUUUAUUUCGAACCCGACGGCGCCGCCGGGGGGUGGGGCUUCCGCGCGCGCGUGGAGCCGAGGCCCCGCCCCUCCCCCACUGGCUCUUCGGGGGGCUCAGCCUGGCCCAGGGACCUCUGGACAGCCUCUACAGGUACUCGGUCCGGGAUCGCCGCUGGACUCAGGUGCUGGCGGGGGAGGGGGAGGGCGGGGCCGGCCCCGCCCCCCGGUACCUGCACGCGGCCACGCCCCUGCCGGGGGCCGGGGCGCUGCUGCUCGUGGGGGGGCUCACGUGGGCCGGGGUGGCCUCGGACACGUGGCUGCUGAACCUCAGCUCGCUGCAGUGGCGCCGCCUGCAGGCCCCGCAGGUGCCGGCCGUGGCCGGGCACUCGCUGACCGCCGUCGGGUCCCGCGGGGUUUUUUUGGUCGGGGGCUUCUCGCCCCAGAACGGCUUCAACACCGAGCUGCUGAUCUUCGACCCCCCCUCGGCAACCUGGGCGGUGGCCGCCACCUCGGGGACCCCCCCCACAGGUGUGUACGGGCACUCGGCGUCGCUGCACGAGGCCUCGGGGGCGCUGCUGCUGUUCGGGGGGCAGCGCUUCCACGUGGAGCCCCGUGUGUACGGGCACUCGGCGUCGCUGCACGAGGCCUCGGGGGCGCUGCUGCUGUUCGGGGGGCAGCGCUUCCACGUGGAGCGCGUGGCGCCGAGCGCCGAGCUCUACAGCCUGAGCCUGGCCCGGCUGCACUGGAGCCUGCUGGCCCCGGCCCGCGGGGACAAGCCCCGCCCCCACUAUUUCCACGCGGCCGCGGUGCUCGGGGACACCCUGGUGGUCGUGGGCGGGCGCAACGACCGCAGCGACUUCAGCAACGCCGUGCUGCUCUACCAGAUCCGCUGCAACGCCUGGAUCCUGCCCCCCCACACCGACCCGUCGGUGGUGGGCCCCCCCAUGCCGGCCUCCGUUGGCCACGCCCUGGCCGAGCUCGGGGGGCUCCUCUUCCUCUCGGGCGGGUUCAACGGGGGCGCCCUGGGGGGGCUCUGGGCGCUGCGGGUGCCCCCCGAGCCCUGCGGGGCCCUGCCCGACCCCCCCGCCUGCAACGGCUCCGGCGGCGCCUGCGCCUGGUGCGGGGGGCAAUGCAAAUGAGAUGCAAAUGACCCCUGCAGGCUGGGGUGCUCCCCCAUCCCCGCGCCCUGCGCCCCCUCCCCGCGGGACCCCCUCGAGUGCCGGCGCCUGCGGAGCUGCAGCGAGUGCCUGGCCCAGCACCCCCUGGCGGGCUCGGGUCCCCCGGCGUGCAAGUGGUGCACGAACUGCCCCGAGGGCGCGUGCAUCGGCGCGGGCUCCAGCUGCCGCCGCGAGAACGAUUGCCGCAUCAACCAGCGCGAGAUCUUCGCGCCGCAGAACUGCUCCGAGAACGCGUGCGCCGCCCCCGACUGCCCCCGCUGCGCCGGCGCCGGCCGCUGCAUGUGGACACGGCAGUUCAAGAGAACUGGUGAGACGCGGCGCAUCCUGAGCGUGCAGCCCAGCUACGACUGGACGUGUUUCAGCCACUCGCUGCUCAACGUGUCGCCGAUGCCCGUGGAGUCGGCGCCGCCGCUGCCGUGCCCCAGCCCGUGCCACCUGCAGCGCUCGUGCCACGCCUGCCUCAGCUCUGCCGGCGCCGGCGCCGACGGCGGCUGGCAGCACUGCCUCUGGAGCCUGGCCCUCAGCGAGUGCCUCAGCCCCAGCUUCGCCCCCCCCCCUGCCGCUGCCUGCGCGGGAGCUUUUUGGGGCUUUUUCAGUGCCUCAGCCCCAGCUUCGCCCCGCUGCGCGAUGCCUCGCCGGGAGCUGCGGCCGCCUCCUCCGGGGCGGGGGGGGCGCGGCGGCUUCUGGAACCUUCGGGGGGCUCCCCCUUCCCCCCGCGGCUGGGGAAGGGGCCCCUCCGGGCGCUGGGGGAGGGGUCCCCGAGCGCUGCCCCCCCGGUGCGGGGGCCUCGCGGUGCUUCGCCAGUGCCUGCAGCGGCCCCGCUGCGGCUGGUGCGCCCGCGCCGGGCACAACGGCGGCGGCCGCUGCCUCGAGGGGGGGCUCAGCGGGCCCCGGCACGGUGUGACCCAGGCGUGCGGCGCCGGCGGAAUUUGGGCUUUCCUGAGCUGCCCCCCCGAGGACGAGUGCGAGAACGGGCACCACACCUGCGGCCCCAGCCAGGUGUGCCGGGACCUGCCCGAGGGCUUCACCUGCACCUGCAGGGCGGGCUACAGCCUGGACAGCCGCACAGGUGAGUGCCGCCCCGUGUGCCGCCAGGGCUGCGCCAACGGCACCUGCGUGGAGCCCGACAGGUGUCGCUGCCGACUUCGCGUGGGCGGCGACUGCGCCCGCGCCCUGCGCCUGCAACGGCCACAGCGACUGCGCCCGCCCCAGCGGCCGGGACACCUGCCUCAGGUGUAUGAACAACACCCAGGGCCGCAGUGCGAGCGGUGCCGCCCGCUGUUCGUGGGCUCCGCCCUGGCCGGGGGCACCUGCCUCACCUGCCGCCUCACCUGCCGCCCACCGGCACCGACGUGUCGUAGGCAGCGCCCAGCUGGAGCGGCACCGGCCACACCGGCUGGCGACAGGUCCUGA